GGAUGUGGGCAAUGGUGAGGGCUUCUCCCAUCACAGGGCCUCUUGUUUGAGCUUGGGAAUCAAAGACAUCGAACGCGACGUGGACAGUGGGGUGCCCGCCGUCUUGCCCCAACAGCUACAGAUCUGCCCUCCAGCCAGCUCCGGGGCCCUACGGUCAUGUCAGACACACCGGUGGAGGAGUCCCUCUUCCAGAUCAUCCACUGCUACCACCAGUACGCUGCCCGGGAAGGGGACCUGGAGACCUUGUCCCUGGAAGAGCUGAAGGCCCUGCUCAUGGACAACGUGCCCCGUUUCAUGGAGACCUUGGGCCGCAAGGAGCCGUACUACCUCACAGAGCUGUUCCGGGCAGCUGACAAGAAUAAGGACAAUCAGAUCUGCUUUGACGAGUUCCUGUACAUCCUGGGCAAACUGGUGAAGGAUUACCACCUGCAGUACCACCGGCAGCUGUGUGCCCACUACUGUGCCCAGCACGGCCUCUACUAGUGGAGGAGAAGCAACCCUGCUGCCUGCCCAACCUGCCUCCGGAGGCCUGCCUUGGUCAGGGACAGCUGACUGGAGUCCUGAGCUCUGUGUGUUUGUGUAUGCACGUGGGUGUGCAAACGCUAUGCAGAGACCAGUACUCAGGUCACGGUUCCGGGCAUGCCCUCUCGUGUCCUGAAAGAGGAGCCUUGGUACUUACAUUGGGGGAUGUCCGUUUUGGGUGGGAGACACGGCUCCUGCCUUCAGUGAGCUCCUGUCUGAUGGGGAAGAUACAAGAUGUCCUCUUCCGAUAGAGGAAUUGCAGUCCUGCUUCCAGGGAGCCUGGCUGAG